AUGUCUUGCGAGGCGGCUCGCUUUCUUCGCAGUCAUGCGCUUUUGGCUAUGGUUGUGCAGAUGUGGGCCCCUCUACCUCUUGCAAACGCAGGCACAUCCGGACCUUUUUCCAAAAAAUGGCCCAGCAUAUGAAGAAGCUGUUGGCAUUGUUAGAGUUUCAAAGGACUUGAAACUUGAUGACGAACCUGCACGACCAACUGUUCCCGCCCGCUUUUCCGCGCCCAUUAACUACACGACUUUUGACACAGGCUUCCUUCAGACUGGUAAAGGGUUCUUUGCACAAGAUGCAGACGAAAAAGCCAUGAGAGUAGAGACCAUACGACAUACUCUUGGUAUGGACCUGCCGAGCAAUGUGACUACAUUGAUUCGGGGAAAUAAAUCAUACAACAUGAAUGGCGGCGAUCAUGCAAUUUGCCGGCAAGUAGCCUUCUUUGGCCAACAACAAUUUGAUGAUUUCUUUGCUUGGGCAGCGAACCCUCUGAUCUCGGAGUACAGGGGGAAGCGUGUGGUGGCUGGGAGAGUUUGCUCCUUGUGGUACUUGCUGUCAACGACUCAGACAAGAAUCAGCUUGUGUGCAGAGGGCAACGCUCCAGUUGAAUUGAACGUCACCCUUCCCAAGAACAACAGUGGAGGUGGAAUAAGUUUCAACUUCAGCUACCAGUUUGGACACUUAACCAAAGGAAGUCAGGUAUCAGAGGAUCUGUUGCAGAAACCUGAAAUUUGUGAUACAUCGGCUCCUCCUUGUGAAAAUGGGAGCGGGCUGGAGCCAGUUCCAUUAGAUGCAUAUAUUUUCCAUCCAGGUAUGUCGGCUGACGACUACAACCUCGAGGACCAAAACGUUGCGGAUGUUGCCGGAGAUGCAGCAUUCAUUUGCUUUGAUCGACUCUUCCGGGAGUCCAAAGUUGAUCACAACUACACCCUGAUCUCACGUUAUGCCUUGGAAGUUUCUCCCGCAUUUGGACAGUACUGUCCAUGCAAUGGCUACCCAGACACAAUCCCAAGUGGCCCUUCAUGCAUCGCUGGUGAGCCACGUUUGGUGGGCAGAGGAGCUCCAUUUUCUGCUGGCGAUGGUGAGCUGAGGUGUGCAGCAGAGAGCCCUCUUGGCUUUUGGUAUGGGCUGCCAAAAGGUGGUCGGUGUUCACCUGGCGAAAGACCCAGCAAGGAAGCUUGGGCCACUGGCUGUACUUGGUCUGUGAAGCAGCGCGUGAAGACAAUUCACCAGGCUUGCUUGUUGAAAGACCACGGCUUCUUGAACUACUGCAAGGCUGAUGUGCUCGAACACAAAGGCUUUCGCAGGAGCGCAAAAGCUUUGGAGGCUGCCUUUGCUUCAGAGGAUCCAUCAAUUGGUGGAUGUGCUGAUGUUGGUGGACCUGGUGUUGAUGAGAACAGCGUGUCCAUGGUAUUAGUUUGAUCUACUUGUGAUACCUUGUAAUCCCUCAACUCCAGGUGCUUGACUUGCCGGCGCUCUUAGUCAAAGGUUCUGCAUUGGCAGACGGGAAUGCACACGUUGAUUCUAAUGCGCUUUUAUUGAUCGGAAGAAUAAUCAUGUCAGCACAUGAUGCCCAUCGACAGGCCAAAGUUUUCGCUUCAGCAAGGUUGUUGCAGUGGCGCCUAGAGCCGUGGUUGAAAAAGGGACCGCGAAAA